GUGUGUGUGUGCGUGUGUGUGUGUGUGUGUUAAAGUCCCCUCACCCCUCCAGUCGCUCCACCGACCCCUCUCCGCUCGCCAGGCGGCCUCUCAGAACUCCUGUCCCGGUGUCGGAGGCAGCCGCGCCCCGCCGCUCUCUCCUGGAGGAACAGAACAGAGGGAGAGGAGGAGGAAUGGAGGGAUGAAGGAGGGUCAGAGAGAGGAGGGAAGUUACAGGAAAACUUCGGGACUCCUCUCUUUUAAUGUGUUUGUGAAGUUUUGUGGAGUCUCUCCGGUUCUGAGGCGUCCAUCUUGGAAAGUUUCUGCUCCAGCAGGAGGAUUUUCUGAUCACUACGCCACACGGAUCAAUAACUGAGGACCGAGUCCGGUUUGGAUUUUUACUUCUUUGUUUCACCUUUUGGGCAUCAAUGAGGCGCGCCCGGCCAGCUGAGAGCCAGCCCAGCUGACGGUCAGUGAUCGGUGAUCGAUAGGUCUGAUCGGCUCUGGAGCGUCGCGCGGAGUGAGCGUGGCGCGGGUCUGACCGGGUCUGGAUUUUAUCGCGCUGGCCGGGAUGGAGGGUCGGAGGGGACUGCGGGCCCCCGCGGCCCCGGGACGGGCCUCCUCCUGCGGGCUGCCGCUGCUCCUCCUCCCGCUGCUCCUGCUCAGCUGCUGCGGGGCCGAGGAAGAGGUGUUGAUGAACACCAAGUUGGAGACGUCGGACCUCCGGUGGACGAACCAUCCUGCUGACGACCCCGAGUGGGAGGAGGUGAGCGGAUUGGACGAUGAGUCUAACAGCGUGCGGACCUAUCAGAUCUGCACACCCAACAGUCCGUCUUCCUAUUGGCUGAGGACUCGCUGGAUCCCUCGGAGGGCGGCGACCAUCCUCUAUGUCGAGAUCCGCUUCACCAUGAUGGAGUGCUCUGGUCUGAACCAGCGUCACUGUAAAGAAACCUUCAACUUGUAUUACUACCAGUCUGACAGUGACGAGGCCACGCCCACUCACCCGGUGUGGAUGGAGAACCCGUACACCAAAGUCGCCACUGUCGCAGCCGACCAUCUGCUGCGGCGCGGCGGGGAGCGGCGCUCUAACAUCAAGCUGCUGCGCCUGGAGCCUCUGCGGGGGGCGGGGCUCUACCUGGCCUUCCAAAGCCAGGGCGCCUGCAUGGCGCUGCUGUCUGUACGCGUCUUCUACAGGAAGUGCCCGCCCCUCAGCCGCGCCUUUGCCUCCUUCCCUGAAACCAUCCCCCAUUCGCUGGUGGAGCAGGCUCAGGGUGUGUGUGUGGAGAAUGCCGUGACGCCGCCCGGAGAGCAGUCACAACCUCCCAGCAUGCUUUGCGGCGAGGACGGGCAGUGGGUGGGCCAGCCGACGUCCAGCUGCGCCUGUCGCCCUGGAUACGAGGCAGGCGAGACCGACGUACGGUGUCGAGCCUGUCCAUCGGGUCAGUUUAAGGCGGGGUCAGGACCUGGUGGGUGUAGCCCGUGUCCAGCCAAUAGCAACACGAAGAUCCCAGGCUCCGCCUACUGCCCGUGUCACUCCGGUUACCAUCGAGCAGACUCCGACCCUGCGCACGCCGCCUGCACCCGCCCCCCCUCUGCUCCCCGCUCCAUCGUGAGUCAGAUCAACGACACCACGGUGACUCUGGAGUGGAGCGAGCCGCUGGACCGAGGAGGACGAGGAGACCUGACCUACAGAGUCCUCUGCUCCAGCUGCGGGACGGCCACCAAGGGAUUGGCUGGCUCCUGCUCGGCAUGUGAUGACAGCGUCCUGUACCGCCCGGCGCAGCGCGGCCUGACUCAGCGGCGAGUCGUCAUCUGGGGACUCCGUCCACACAGCAAGUACACCUUCACCGUCCAAUCACUGAACGGCGUCUCUGCUCUCAGCCAAUCAGAGCCGGCCUCCGACAGGGUCAACGUCACCACCAGCAGAGACGUCCCGCCCCCAGUGUCCGGGCUGAGGAGGGCGGCGGUCUCAGAGACCAGUCUGACUCUAGACUGGAACAUUCCAGUUCUGCAGAACCAGUACCAGAUCCUGGACUACCAGGUCCGCUACAGCCCAAAGGACGGCGCGGAGGCGGGGCAGUGGCAGUACGUGUCCUCCAGGUCUUCUUCGGUGGUGCUGACGGGGCUGCAGAGGGCGCUGCUGUAUCAGGUGCAAGUCCGCGCUCGCUCUCAGGCCGGGUACGGGUCGUUCAGCGCCGCCAGCGUCUUCAACACGCAGCCCGACGGUGCCAGUCACUCUCAGCUGGUGAUGACGGCUGUUCUGGUCUCCAUGGGGAUUCUGCUGCUCUUUGCCGUGGUGAUAGUCGCUGUAUUCUGUUACCGCAGGAGGAGGAGGAGGAGGGGGCGGGGCUCAGAGAUGAAAGACAAGAGUGGACACUACCCAAUGGGACAGACGAUGAAGGUGUACAUCGACCCGUUCACCUACGAGGAUCCUAACGAGGCGGUGAGGGAGUUUGCGAAGGAAAUCGACGCCUCCUUCGUGAAGAUAGAGGAAGUGAUCGGAGCAGGUGAGUUUGGCGAGGUGUGUCGCGGGCGCUUGAGGAUCCCGGGCAGGAAGGAGAACUACGUGGCGAUCAAAACGCUGAAGGGCGGCUACACGGAGAAGCAGAGGCGGGACUUCCUGUCGGAGGCGUCCAUCAUGGGUCAGUUCCAGCACCCCAACAUCAUCCACCUGGAAGGUGUCAUCACCACUUCCUGUCCCGUCAUGAUCCUCACCGAGUUCAUGGAGAACGGAGCGCUGGACAGUUUCCUGAGGGUGAAUGAUGGACAGUUCACCACCAUCCAGCUGGUGGGGAUGUUGCGUGGGAUCGCAGCAGGGAUGAAGUAUCUGUCCGACAUGAGCUUCGUCCACAGAGACCUGGCGGCUCGCAACAUCCUGGUCAACUCCAACCUGGUCUGUAAGGUGUCAGACUUCGGACUCAGCAGGUUCCUGACGGAGAACUCGUCUGACCCGACGUACACCAGCUCUCUGGGAGGGAAGAUUCCCAUUCGCUGGACGGCUCCUGAAGCCAUCGCCUACAGGAAGUUCACGUCAGCCAGUGACACGUGGAGUUACGGCAUCGUCAUGUGGGAAGUGAUGUCAUACGGCGAACGACCAUACUGGGACAUGAGCAACCAGGACGUGAUCAACGCCAUCGAGCAGGACUACCGGCUGCCCCCGCCGCCGGAGUGCCCCGCCUCCCUGCACGCGCUCAUGCUAGACUGCUGGCAGAAGGAGCGAGCCAACCGGCCGAGGUUCUGUGACGUGGUGGCGGCGCUCGAUAGGCUGAUCCGAAACCCCGCCUCCCUGAAGGUGACGCACCUGGAAGGAUCGAGUUCGUCCCAGCCUCUGUUGGACCAGCGUGCCCCGCCCCCCCUGUCGGCGUGUGGUUCGGUGUCUGAGUGGCUGCGAGCCGUGAAGAUGGAGCGGUACGAGCAGAGCUUCCUGCAGGCCGGCUUCACCAGCCUGGACAUCGUGUCUCAGCUCAACACCGAAGACCUGCUCAGAGUGGGCGUGACCCUCGCCGGCCACCAGAAGAAAAUCCUCUCCUCCAUCCAAACGCUCAGGAUACACAAAACCCCUCCCACCCUGCUCUACUGACCAAUCACAGACCUGCCACACGGUCCAAAAGAGCCCCGCCCACUCUUUGUAAUGACCACUAACUCCGCCUCCUGAUGGUUGGACCAAUGAGAGGCCAUGAGUUGUUAAAGAAGCACAAAGAACUUCCUGAAAACACCAACAUUAGACUUACUGCUCUUUGAUCCUCAGACUGUUUGACUCCACCCACCUCUUUAUUCUGACCAAUCAGAACAAAGGACAGAGUUGACCACCAGCUGCAGGAAGACUUGACUGGUCACCACUCAGGACGAACGUAGCCCCGCCUUGCCAAACCAGUCUGGCCAAUCCACUUCUCAGGAAACCAAAGCUCCUCCUACCUUGACCUGAUUGGUUGUUUUGUAAUCUUGCCUCAAACCCUGGGCUGACAGCAGUCACUGGCCAAUCAGCAUCCAAGGACACAGGAGGACAUUUAGAGAUUUACUUCAACAGAUGCUUCUUAUUGAAUGGAGUCCCCCCCCCCGAUGUUAUCACUAAGCCCCGCCCACUACCUUAAAGCACAGCUUGGAUUGGUUCCCAGCCCUGUCCUUCACACUAGGCAGGAUGACGGGUCAACUAGAUCUCCACAGACAACUGGGAUGUUUCCAUGCUGCAACGUUGACGAACUCAUUAACUGCAAGAACAGGAAGUGAUCAGAUUAACGUUUGAAAUACAGAACAAGGCGGCCAUGAGUCCACUCAUCGUACAUUUCAAAUAGUCAGUGAUCAGAAACUGAAGCUGUUUUCAAGCUGUAGGUGCUGCUGCCUCCGACAUCCAGCCUUUAAAACCAAACUCUAACUGUGCAGACUGGACUCCACUGAUCCGGGACAUGGAGGGACAAGAAGCAGAUGGUGUCCAGACAGUUUCAGGUCUGAUGUCCACAUGAGAAAUAUUGAACUAUUGAAUCGUACAACUGUUGAUUCAUUUUGUAUUUUAGCACUUUUUGUACCGAUCAUGUUUUUAAGCAGCUGAUCAAUGUUUUUAUACUAAACGUACAUUUCAAAAAAAUCUCUUAUUUUCAUUUUGUAAAGAAAGAAAAACACAAACAUGUUCAGGACCAAAGAUCACGUGUGAAGUCCGUCCGACAGUGUGACUCACCAGCUGGAUCACAGCAGGAAACAGUGUUUAACCUUGUUUCAGGCGACGGGCUUCACACCUGUAGCUCAGGUAAACUGUGUUUGUCCAGGUGAGCGGUCGCCAGUGAACGACACCAGGUGUGAACAGAGAACUGAACGGAUCAGAGUCAGACCGCCGGCCCGCUGUCUGUCCUCCAGGUGUUCAUGACCACAGUGACGCUGACAGCUGAUUGGACCGAUCAACUGACCCUGUUGAAAUCAGGAAGAGAAGCUGUGGUACAAAAUAAAACUGUUCUUCACUGUCCAUUACAGCAACGCCCAACUUCUUUAUCCUGCACUGUUGCAUGAUGGGAGUCUGCAUCGGCGAUCUUCACAUUGAAGGUUGCUGCAGUGAUGUCACUGUUGUUGAUUCUGCUGAUUGGUGGAGUUCACCAGCUGAACCUGGAUCAGCAGCAGCUCUCGUCUUUUCUUCAUACCUGGAAAUAUUUUUAUUAUUGUUAUUGUUACUAUUGUUAUAAAGGAGAACGUCUGUCAGCCAAUCACAAUAAAGAUGAAUCGUCCUGUCCAAUGAAAAA